UAUUUUUUACGAAGACCGUUUGCUCACGCUCCUUUAUUUUUCGUUUUAACACUAUAGUUCGUCAAAAUAUUAUAGUCGACACGUACUUGCCAAACUAUGUGUGUUUUAAGCUUUCACGAAUCGAUAAGAAUCAUAGAAAAAUAAUAGAAAUAGAAGGUGCACUUCACAGGAUCCAUACACAACAAGAGAAAAUAUUAAUUUAUAAUCUAAGUGAACGCAGGAAACGAAAAAGUUUGCAUAAGUGCAUGUUAGACGAACUGUUGAUGGUAAAGAAAAACAAUCAGUGACAAUGUCUUGGUAUCAAGAAGAAGAAGACGAGGAUUACCUCCUUUAUUCACCUGCCCUGCUGGCACGACGAGCCUCUGAGAGCUGGAUAGAUACUCCCCCAGUAGAGUCCGUUCCUGUGAAUACGACCCUGCAACGAAAAAAAUCACUACCCGAUGUUCAGCAGCUUCCGUACGCUACUAGUGUGAUGAGCAGGGAGGAAGUUUCGAUGCUAGGAUCUGCCAGAAGAGAAGAAGUUCGACGGCAGAUAGACGAAUCAGAACGUUUAAAAGCUAAUCCAUUGUUAUAUCUCGUCAGUCCAAAAGUUAAGGAUUGGUUCUCACGACAGCAACUCGUCAUGCUGGUUUUAAUUAUAAAUAUAGCUUUGGCAAUUAUGUUCUUUAAAAUGCUAACAUAGCAUCAACGGGACCCAUUUUUGCAUUUCAGCACUUUUCUGAAUAUAAUGGAUGUAUAUUAGAAAAAGCAGAAAUGAGGAUGAUAUUUAAGCGAACAUUAUGGGAUAACUCUAAUCACUGCUGCGCGUGCUAAAGCUGUUAGAACAGCACAAAGACACUUCUAUACUUUGAAUUCGCUAUUCAGCCAGCUGCCAUCGUUUGCCACUAGACUGAACGAGUAAGUCAAGUGUGAGAUCAUUGAGAUUGGUGUUGUUACGAAAAUUUAGUUGUAUUUUUUCGUUAAUUAUAUGUACAUUUAAUUUUCUUAAUACUUUAUCUAGUGUUCAACUUGCAUCAUCUCUGAAUGCCCAGCCCACCUUUCUACAGCUUCUUACCAGUUCAAACCAGUUUUAAAAUGUUUAUAUUCAGUUAAUUUGACAAAAAAAAUACAUCAAAUCCUUUUACAAAUUGUUACAACACAAUUAGUGAAAGUCCUCUGAACCGAAGCGAAUCAAAGCAGUACAUAACGAAAAUAAAUAAUCGAUGUCGAAAUAAAGUAUCCUUAUUUGUUAUGAAA